AUGUUACUGGGCAAUGAGUCAUUGUCACCCAGUGGAGCUAUUAUUGCUCUUCUGAGCUCUUCUGAGCAAGAGCGGCAUGGUACAGGCAGCCCACGUAUGUUAGCUAAGUUAGAAGUGAAAUGGUCUUGCCAUAAGAAAUAUGGGUCUAUGGUGGUUGAGUUUCAAGACCCCGCUGCUGCCCAAGCAGCGUCACUACAUGAUCACAUGACUCUGGAUAUGGAUGCAGUCCUGUCAGACUUUGUUCGGUCCACAGGGGCUGAACCAGGUCUGGCAAGGGACUUGCUAGAAGGAAAAAACUGGGACUUAACAGCGGCCCUAAGUGACUAUGAACAACUUCGACAAGUGCACACUGCAAAUUUGCCCCAAGUAUUUAAUGAAGGAAAAUACUACAAACAGCAGGAAAGAGACAUCACUCAGCAUGUCAACAAAAUCGAGAGAUCAAACCUCCAAAGACAGGAUGACAUUGCUCAAGAAAAAAGAUUAUCCAGAGGCAUUUCGCAUGCAAGUUCAGCCAUUGUCUCAUUAGCUCGACUACAUGUGACCAACGAAUGCAGCAGUGAGCCAUUUCCAUUAGAGAUGCCCAUAUAUACAUUCCAACUACCAGACCUCAGUGUGUACAGUGAAGACUUCCGAAGCUUUAUUGAACGGGAUCUAAUUGAACAGUCAACAAUGGUGGCCUUGGAACAGGCAGGUAGACUAAACUGGUGGUCUACGACGUGUUCAAGCUGUAAACGUCUGCUGCCUUUAGCUACAACAGGAGACGGGAAUUGUCUAUUGCAUGCUGCCUCGUUAGGGAUGUGGGGUUUUCAUGACCGAGACUUGGUUCUGAGGAAAGCCCUUUAUACCAUGAUGAGGAGUGGAGCAGAAAGGGAAGCACUGAAGAGGAGGUGGAGGUGGCAACAGACACAGCAGAACAAAGAGUCUGGAUUGGUUUACACUGAAGAUGAAUGGGAGCGAGAGUGGAAUGAGCUGUUGAAGUUGGCAUCCAGUGAACCCCGUACACACUUCAGCAAGAAUGGAGGCUCUGGUGGUGGUGUUGAAAAUGCAGAAGAUCCAGUUUACGAGAGUUUAGAAGAGUUCCACGUGUUUGUCUUAGCUCAUAUUUUGAGACGGCCUAUUGUUGUUGUUGCUGAUACAAUGCUUCGAGAUUCAGGCGGAGAAGCAUUUGCACCUAUUCCUUUUGGAGGAAUAUACUUACCUCUUGAAGUACCGCCUAACAGAUGUCACUGCUCACCGCUAGUCUUGGCUUAUGAUCAAGCUCACUUCUCUGCACUUGUAUCCAUGGAGCAAAAAGAUCAACAACGUGAACAAGCUGUUAUUCCUCUGACAGACUCAGAACACAGACUGCUACCUUUGCACUUUGCUGUUGACCCUGGGAAGGACUGGGAAUGGGGCAAGGAUGAUAAUGAUAACAUCAAGCUUGCCAGUUUGAUUCUCUCUCUGGAGGCAAAGCUGAACCUUCUGCACAGCUAUAUGAAUGUAACCUGGAUACGAAUACCCUCAGAAACACGGGCUCCUUUGGCCCAACCAGAAUCUCCAACAGCAUCUGCAGGAGAAGAUGUACAAUCUCUGGCUGACUCCAUGGAUUCUGAUCGAGAUUCUAUCUGUAGUAAUUCUAAUGUGAACAAUGGCAAAAAUGGAAAAGAGAAAGAAAAAGAAAAGCAAAGGAAAGAGAAAGAAAAGAAUAGAACAGAUUCUGUGGCUAACAAACUUGGAAGCCUCAGUAAAACAUUGGGCAUAAAGCUUAAAAAGAACAUGGGAGGUCUUGGAGGACUAGUACACGGGAAAAUCAGUAGAGCUAACUCAAGCAAUGGGAAAAAUGGAGAGACAAAUGAAAAAGUAAAGAAAUCCAAAUCUCGAAAAGGGAGCAAAGAGGAUUCAGGACAGUCUGCUAGUACAUCCCCUUCUGAAAAAACAACCCCAUCACCCACUGAUAAAGCUAGCAUAUCUCCCAUUGACAAACUAACAAACAGGUCACUUUCAGAAAAUAAGUCUGACCCCUGGAAAUAUAGCACAGAUGUUAAACUCAGCCUUAAUAUUUUGAGAGCCGCCAUGCAAGGGGAACGCAAAUUUAUUUUUGCAGGACUUCUGCUUACCAGUCAUCGUCAUCAAUUUCACGAGGAGAUGAUUGGUUUUUACUUGACCAGUGCCCAGGAGCGGUUUAAUGCUGAACAAGAACAGAAAAGAAAGGAGGUUGAGAAGAAGGCUCUUAUAAAUGGCUCAUCAUGUAGAAAGCUAGAUCAGGAAGGGUUUUUAAAAGAAAAGUUGGAAUCCUCACCUCAGGACAGGGCAUCACCAAUCUUGCCUCAAAGCCAUACAACACAACUAGUUCUAAAAUUGAAGGAUCGCUCUAGUCCAACCCCAGCAUCUUAUCCCUCACCCAGCAAUGGUGCUAAGAAAUGUGGUCCCAUUCCAGUUUCAGCUCACUAUAGCCAUACACCACCAGUCCAAAGGCAAAGUGUUAUCCAUUUACAUGAUGUCAACACCAAGUCAUCGAGCUUCCAAGAUGACCCUUAUAAGCCAGUGGUUGGCUCCUUAAAAACUUGUGCCACAUAUCCACAACAGAAUCGUUCAUUGUCUUCACAAAGCUAUAGCCCGGCUCGGUUAUCUGGUAUACGCACAGUGAAUACAGUGGAAUCACUUACUUAUGAGAAGCCCGCAGAGAAUAAAUCUCAAACUUAUACAAAUGGGUUUAAUUCUAAUGAUAUCAGAGAUUGUUUAGAAUAUGCUGACGAGGAAACUCCACAGACUUGGUUGAACAAUGAUAAAAACAGUAGAGGCAGAAACACAGGUUGCCCAUUAUAUUCACUCCACCAGAGUAGAUGUAAGAAGGAGAACUGUUCUUUCUAUGGGCGCCCUGAGACUGAAAACUACUGUUCAUACUGCUACAAAGAGGAGUUAAAGCGUCGAGAUAGGGAAAAUAAGGUGCACAGGCAUUAAAUAUCUAAAAGGUCCACACCUCUUUAAUCUAUCAUUUUUUACAUGCAAAAAAAAAUUGAAUACUAAACUCACUUUACUUGCAAAGGAACAAAAUAGCCAAAUAGAAAAGAGCUGGGAAAUAAAAACCCAUCUGCUUGCUUUAAAACAGAUCAAGCAUAUGGAGGUUAAUAAUUAUGUAAAGGGACAAAACAUUUGUGUUGUUGUUUUUUUUCUGGUCAUAUUCACAUAUUAAGCUGGAAGGUUGUUUAUGUCACAGUCAGUGCUGUGUUAUGGUUUGGUCAUUAAUAACUGAGGUGCCUGAAUUUUUGCUAUCACUCAGGUAAGUAGAAAGAAACGUGCAAAUUUUCCUAAUAUCAGUGUUGGUUUUGUACAGCCAAGACACUUGUUAGUAUGAAGUGCUAUGGCUAUCAUGAUGUUGAUUUCAUAGAUGAACAAACAUACAUUUUUUUUUUACUAACUUUAUAGGGGCAAUCACUUCAUGUACAUUUUACAUACAGGUUUUUGUAAUUAUAUUGUACAUUUUAUGUGUCUUGGUUACAGCUGAAGGUAUAGAAGGCUUAUAAGAUUGACAGUUGUUUACUUCGUUCCAGUUUGUAGUAGUUUGUUUUCCCUUUAUCUAAAUAAAUUCAAUUACAUUACAAUAUUGUUAAAUUAAAAGUAAAUAAACAAGGUACAUAUAAUUAACCCUAAAAAUAAAUUUAUAUGAGAGCAUUGCAUAUAAUGGAGUCUUUUAACAUAAAGUGUGCAAUAUAGCUGAUUCAGUAUGUUCUGACUAAUAGGUAGCAU